UGCUGUAUAAACAAACUAAUAAAAAUUUCCAACUGAUUUCAUUUUAUAUUGACUAACAGCUAAGGACAGAGAGGAUGGAGAACUGUGACAAUGCAGCAGAUGAAAAGGACUCAAAAGUUAAAACUGUGCCAAAAGAAAAAGGACACAUGGAUGAAGACAAAGAUGGUGAAGGUGUUGGUGACAAGUCUGCAGAGACGACAGACACAGUGGUGCCUGAACUCACACUUGUGUUAACUGGUGACUCGUCAUCAAUUAACAUUGGACUAAACAACAUCUUAAUCCACCAUAAGGAACAAACAGAGCAGUUUUCAGCCAGACUCUAUGAUCUGUGUGGUCGGAGGAUCUCCGUCAUUAACAUGCUCGAUUUGAGACAGGUCCCAUUGAAUGUGGGACUUCACGCCUUCGUGCUGCUGGUACCUAACGGUCCUCAUGCUGAACUUUACCGUUCAGGACUGCAGUGGUUGGAACAAACCUUUGGGAAGGAGUCACUGUCUCAUGUCCUGACAGUCGUGACUCAUGAGUCAGAUGAAGAUUGUGAAGGUGCAGUGACAGACCUGAGAACCAACAGCAGAUUUGAUGAGAACAGAUUCCACUCGUGUUCCAGAAAUAUGACAGACGGAAACGAGAUCAUAGAACUGAUGGAAAAAAUAGACCCCAUGGUCUCUGACAACCCUCCAAACUGCUACAGCAGAAAGAUGUUUGAUGAACGCGACAAGCAGAAACUACAGCUGGAGCCCAGAGACGAACAUGUGGAAUCCUCAAUGAUUCGGCAAAGAGAUGAGCUGGAGAAAUGUGAAGACAAAAUGGAGGGAAAGCCAGUAAACAUUUCAGAAGGACAUGAAACAGUAUUCAGCAGGCUUCACCUUCAAGACAAACUUCAGAAGAUGUCUUCUGGUGAUUUACUUAUGAUCGGUUCGUGUGUGAAACCGGAUCAUGAGACAUUUGAGAAAGAUCUAGCUUGUACGUUUCUUCAGCGGCUGAUGAUGUUAGACUACAGAGCCAGAUACAUUCCUGUAAAACCACAAUGUCCUGAGGUGAGAAGUCUAGAGACUGUCACAGUAGAUACAGAUGCAAGUGAUGACGAUGAUGAUGAUGAUUUCUACAGCACAAGUAUCAACACGAAUCAAGCAGCCCAGACUCCGGUUCAUCCGAUGGACGUUCAGAUGGCCGUGUUCCACUGCUCUGACAGCUUCCUGCAGCAGAACAUGGUCACUAAACUCUCCCAGUGUCAGUACGCGUUACCUCUGCUGGUUCCUCACCCACUAACUGGUGAGGUUCACUUUCCUCUCUGGACCUUCAGACAAAUCAUUAAAACAUGGAGGACCCCUCCAACCAUGACGAGUGUCCCCGUCUACAAAGCUCAGACCCCCAUGGUGUCGUUCCUGCGUCUGGGUUCUCUGUCAGUGUCCAAGUCUCAGCUGAUGAACGACCUGAUCAACGAGCGUCACAGCACCUUCUUCCACAGAAACUGUGCAGGCAGCACCAAGAGCCGGCUGCUGAUGGACGGCGUGGCAGAGAUCGCCUGGUACUGUCCUGCUGGCAAAGCCAACGAUGCCUUCACUGCCUGCAUCGCCUUCUGUAACCUGCAUGGAGACGCGCUGGAGUUUGAACGGCAGCGAGAAAUACUGCUUGGAAAGUCUUCAGUCAACGUUGUUCUGGUGCCGACGCUGGAGAAAGGAGACAAAAGCUGGACGGUCAUCGAAGCCCUCCGAAAGUCCGAAAAAAAACUGAUUUGUCUUAUUAAUGAUAGCUGUGAUGCUGUUGUUAAAAAAAAGGGAAACUUCAAAAUGGGUCUAAAAGACAGAAGCCUGGCAGAUGUUUCUGCUGAGCUGAAAAGAAUAAUUGGAAAGAUCUUAUCUGGACCACAUGAGUCCUUCCAGCUUGAAACCUUGGCUGAGGUCUCUGGACUCAGAGUGGAUGAAAAUACAUUGUGCCUCGAAGGAAAAUCUGCUGCAAUAAAAGUAGUGAAUCUGCUUUAUAGUAUUGAUAAAAGUGAUACAGACUGCAAUGGAAAAUCUGCAAAGGAAAUGCUGCUUUCGAAGAUGGAUGUUUCAAAGAUCAAAGAUGAAUUCCUCCGUUGUCAAGGUGCUCUGUGGCAAAACUGGUGCAGAAUAAACAAAGAGCUGUAUCACCUCAAAGGAAACAUUGAAAAGGAGAAAAGUAAAAAACAACAGCAACUGAUGCAAAUACGACGAGAUCAGUGCAAAGCUUCAUGUAGUGAAGUGAUGAAGUUGUUCAUCAACAGUUUGUCUUCACUGCCGUCACCAGACAAAGAGUAUUUCAUUAAAUGGACCCAGAUCUUGAUAGACGCUCUCUCUACUGAUGAUCUCUGUUCAAUACUUCAAGACUAUGAUAAAACAUGGUCGGAGGUUUUGGCUCUUAGGAAGAAACAUGACAAAUCAGACAAGUUAAAAACCAAACAAACUGAGCUUGAACAAAUCUCCCAGAAGCUGCAGUCGGCCACGUUUGGCUUGGAGCACAUCUUUAGAGAAAUGGGGCAGAUCUAUGAAGCCCAUAAAUCUGUGGACGCACCUCCAGAGGAGGUUCCGAGCCACUGGUCCAAAUACCCGGCGCUGGCUGCAGAGCUGAUGCUAUCAGGACACCCCCUGGAGCUGAUGGAUGGAGACGCAGGUCACGUGCCUCUAACGUGGGUCUCCAGUGUUUUACAUGAAGUCAGGAGGAAAGUGGGCGACCGCAGAGUCUUUGUGUUGUCGGUUCUGGGCGUUCAGAGCAGCGGGAAGUCAACGAUGCUGAACGCCAUGUUUGGACUGCAGUUUGCAGUGAGGCAGCUGCUCAAGGUGUCAGAGGAGAUGGACCUGAGGUUUGACUACAUUCUAGUGGUGGACACCGAAGGACUGCGAGCUCUGGAGCUGGAAGGAAACGACACACUUCACCACGACAACGAGCUGGCAACGUUUGUAGUUGGUCUGGGAAACAUGACGCUCAUCAACAUCUUUGGAGAGAAUCCAGCCGACAUGCAGGAUGUUCUGCAGAUUGUUGUUCAGGCUUUUAUGAGGAUGAAGAAGGUCAAACUUUCUCCAAGUUGUGUGUUUGUUCACCAGAAUGUUACAGACAUCACAGCCACAGAGAAAAACAUGGAAGGAAAGAGACGCCUGCAAGAAAAACUGGACCAGAUGGUUCAACUAGCAGCCAGAGAGGAGGGCAGCGACGCAGAGAGCUUCAGUGACGUCAUUGCAUUCGAUGUUCAGACAGAUGUGAAAUACUUUGCUCAGCUGUGGGAGGGAAGUCCACCGAUGGCUCCUCCAAACCCAGGUUACAGCGAGAGCGUCCAGGAGCUGAAGGACUUCAUCCUGUCUAAGGCUUCACGGUCUGAUGGGGUCACUCUGUCACAGUUCAGCGGUAAAAUCCAGGACCUGUGGAACGCGCUGCUGAAUGAAAACUUUGUCUUCAGCUUCAAAAACACACUGGAAAUCGCAGUGUACAGAAAACUUGAGGUUCAGUACGGAAACUGGACCUGGACCCUGAGGAGCAACAUGUUGACUAUUGAAAACCAGCUUGACACCAGAAUUGAAAAUGGAAAACUGGACAAAGUUGAGCUCAGUUAUCUUUACAAAGAAAUAAGUGAAACAUACGAAGAAAUUAAAAGUGAAAUGACAAAGUAUUUUGAAGAUGACAAAGAUAGAGAAAUGUUGGUUCAGUGGCAAAAUCACUUUGAAACUAAAAUCAAGGAUUUUCAUAAUGAACAGGUGAAAGAAGUGAAAAGAAAACUGGACGAAGUCCUCCAGCAGAAGAAAGCUUGUAAAAAGUGGGAGGAAACAAAGACAGAGUUUGAGACCAAGCUGCUCCAAAAGAGCAAAGAACUCGCUCAGAAGUUAAGAGAAAGGGCCAAAAAUGAAGAGGAACUUAAAAACCAGUUUAACUCUGUGUGGAGGAACUGGGUCGCAGAACUGACCAAAGGUAUUCAACCUGUUGAAGACAUUAACAUGGAAGAGGAACAGUACAGGAUCCUCCAGGAGCUUGGGUUUGAAUGGAAACUGAUUGAUGACAGAAAAAAGAAACUAACUUAUAAAAACAUGGCACAUCUAAAAGAUUAUAGUGGUUAUGUCAGUAAAUCCUGGUGGAAGGUUUGGCAAGAGUCAACUCUACCACCUGAAGAACAACAUCAGACCAGAACCUUCAUUGACAAUGUAGAAAAACAGUCUAAGGACACAUUUAAAACCAAACCUGUCGCUACAUCAGGCUUCAGUUCAGCUUAUUUACAAGAAGUGUCCAAAGAUGUAAAAGGAAAAGUAGCAGAAUUUGAAUCACAGAAAAAAUAUUCUCUGAAGAAGGAGUUUGCAGUUGAUCUCUGUUUGUUUGUGUUUGACAGAGCUGAGAGUUGGUUCACAGAGUCCCACAAAAAAUUUAAGAUGAGGAACGAUCCACAUGUUUUUCUAGAAACCAAGAGAGAACAAUACUACAACGUUUUUAGUAGCUACUGCAAAGGAGCCUCGUCUGCUGUUGUUCUGGGAGGACUGAUCUGUGAAAAACUGAAGGUUUCCACUGUGGACUAUAUCUGUAACCAGACGGCCAUGGAUCUGGCCAGAGAGAUGAAGUGUAACUACCCAGCAUUCAAUGGGAACAGACUGGACCUGGAGAAACACGUGUUGAAGUCACUGGCAGAGAAGGAAAACUUUGAUGGUUUCAUUAACUACAUCCACCACCCAAGGAAACAUGUAGAGAGUUUUAUAAAGGAGGAAGUGAGGAAAUACAUCUUCACAGAACACAAAGAAAAAGCUCUGAAGAUACUGAAAAAGAAUGUUGAAGACGUGAAGAAUCUAGUGAGCAAUGCUUUAUUUACAGCAACAGACAAAGUCAAAGCCCAGAGAGGAAACACUGACAUGUGGCUGGAGGAAUUCUCUGCUUUAAUAAAAGACAAACUGACAUUUGAUCCCAUCUGUUCUCAAAACUUCAUUGACAUCAGUGACUUUGACCAUCUUAAAGAUGAGGUAGAGACAGGCCUGACAUCCAUAGUUACAGAGAUGAGCAGCCUCUCGCUGGAUAAGAUGAAGGACUUCAGGCUGCAGCCUGAUCAGAUCCUCAUUGACCAGCUGUGUAGUUGCUGCUGGGUCCAGUGUCCGUUCUGUAGAGCUGUUUGUACCAACACUCUGAAAGAUCAUGCUGGUGACCACAGUGUUCCAUUUCAUAGAUCCACUGCAGUCAAUGGAUGGUACUACAGAGGCACAGUGGAAAUGACAACUGAGUUUUGCACAACAAAAGUUGCAGGUGAUGGGCGUUUUUAUCAUAGCCAUGAUUCAAACGAGACCAUUCCCUACAAACUGUACAGAACAGCUGGACCAAAGUACAAGAACUGGAGAAUUACUCCUGAUGGAUCUAACCUGCCGUACUGGAAAUGGUUUGUUUGUCGGUUUCAGACACUGCUGGAACAAUACUAUGACAAAAAAUUCCAAGGUGAUGGAGAAAUUCCCAGAGAGUGGAAAGAAUGCAUUAAAGCAGAUGCCAUUAAAAGUCUGGAUGAAAUGCACAAAAUGUGAAUCAGCUGAUACAAAUACAGAUGAAAAAACAAAUGUUUAUUAUACUUGUUGAAUAAAAUCAAGCUUUUCUUUUGAAUAACUGACUUGUAUUUCAUGAGUCACCACGUCAGUGAUUACAGCUUAACUAACACUUGUCUCAGUAGGUCUGUAUUGUUGUUCUGAAUGAAUGUAAAGAAAGACUUUAUUGGUCAUUAUCACAUACAAUGUAACAAAGAAAUUGGUCUUCUGCAUUUAACCCAUCCCCUGGUUGAAGAUAGAAUAAUUCUAUCACAAAACCAUUGUCAACACUUGUUUGUUUUAAAUCAUAAUCACUGAUAUUUUAAGUUCAGUGCUUUCCCUGAAACAUUGUGGUUUCAAAAAGUAAAGCAAAAGAUCUGAAGUCAUUUGAGUGCACUCACUAUUUUACAUUUUUAGUUGGUGUAAAGUUAGUUAUUGGAUGCUGUAUUAGUUUAGUUGUGAUAAGUAAAAAUGAAUUUUACUGAAAAUAAAAAUAAUUGAAUGGCAGAAUAUUGUGUCAAUAAUAAAUUUAUGUACUAAAUUAUGUUUAAUAUAUAUGUAAACAUACAUUAUUAUUAAAGCAAUGAGCGAAUUGAA